AUGCUGGAAAGGACAUUUGAUAAGAUUAACAUCAAGCCGCUGGCAUUCCCGUUUCGGGUAUCUGCUUCAAGCAGCGACUUUUUCCCUUCUUCGUCCUGGUCGUCGAGCACCCGAGACACAUAUCUGCUGGAUUAUGUCCCGGGACCCCCGCCACAAUGCCCAGAGGUCCGCCCAGCGUCUCCCGCCAGGAAUAGACCACAGGCGAAAUACGUGAGGACGAUAAGACGCAUCCACGAUCAGCCAGUUUGUACAGUGCUGCCGGACAAUGAAGACAAAGUACAAACGACCCAGACGCCUGUACAGAAGUCUAUUACGAGGACGUCCUACCCCGAGAAACAUGCAGAACGAAGACAUCUUUGUUUCCCCAAGUUGAACCGAGCUGAUCACUGCAUAUUGCCCAUGCUUCCAGAGCCAUGCGCGAAUCCCGAGGCCAUCAUCCCCGCGCGUACUAAGUUCAACCCAACAACCACCACGCUCUGUACAGGCAGUCCAUACAGAUAUCUCACUCGGAAGAGGCGCGGCUUUCCAGCACCGCGAGAUAAAGGUGUGUUCUACGGCCAAGCGUGUCUCCCGAACUGUCGCUAUGAGGUCCCGGACCACGAGAGCAUUUCCAGUUUAUGCGGUCUACCAUUCUCUAGAAGAAGAGAGUGUGCAGUCCCAACGGGCAAGAUGGUGUUGAAGGAUUUCGAUGGUGGGGCCCCUGCACCCGUGGAGAUUUCUCACCAGUUCCAGACCAAGUACACCAACCUAUUACGCUCAAAUACCAUCACUUGAUACGGAAGGUGCUUCAAAAAUAUUUGCUCAAGCCUUUUUUUAUUAUUCAAUGAGAUAAAAUCAGAUUUAUUUUAAAAAAGAUCGACGUGAGAUAGACAUGACACUUAAUUUGAAUUUUACCGAGCAGGAGCUAUGUUCAUGGAAACUGAUUACUCCACAGUCGUUGACGCAACUGGCAUUGCUCGGGCCUGUCAGUAAAAAAUGCUUACCAAAUGGACUCAAAGCAUCCACAACUUUGUCAUAGAUUUAAAGUGAGAGGAUUUUAUGUCAAUAU